CUAACAAAUUUACUUUCCUUUUCAAUUUUUUUUUUCUCAUAACAAAUUAACAAUUUCAUUUCUGAAUUCUCGGUCUUCACACUCUCACUCCCUCCCUCCCUCACUCUUCUCUCUCUCUGCAUGCAAUUUCCGUUGAUCUCAAUUCGCCGGAAAUGACGAACAACGGCAAAGCAAAUUCAAAUCCAAAGGGUAAAGCUCCCGCCGGUAAAGAUUCCUCCGGCAAACGCAAGGUCACCUACGACGAAGACAAAACAGGCAAAAAGAGGAAUCGAAAUGUCGUUCAGUUCUUCGAAGAUGAAGCCGCCGACGACAGCGACGAAGACAGUGACGACUUCAGUGAUUUCAGCGAAGGUUAUGAAGAUGAAUUUGAUACUUUGUCAGCAAUGAACGAACCACCUAAGGGUCAGAGUAGCACUCCAUUUGUUCCUAAACAGGAACUUGUUGAUGAAGAAGAAUUUGAUAGAUUGAUGGAAGAACGUGUUAAUUCCAUGUCUUUCCGUUAUGCUGGAGAUGAGUUUGAGGACAAACCUAUGGAGGAUAAUUCUUUACAUCAUGCUCUUCAGGAAUCUAUUCCAACUAUAUGGAAAGUCAAAUGCACUGUUGGGCGUGAGAGGCUUUCAGCUAUCUGUUUGAUGCAGAAGUUUGUUCAUCUGAAAUCGCUGGAUACUAAAAUGCAGAUAAUUUCUGCCUUUGCUGUAGAUCAUGUGAAAGGAUCUAUAUACAUUGAAGCUGAAAGACAAUAUGAUAUAAAUCAGGCAUGUUAUGGGAUUAAUGGUAUCUAUGCUACUCGAGUGCAACCUGUUCCGAGAAAUGAAGUUUUUCAUUUGUUCUCUGUUAAAAUAAAGAAACCUGAAAUUUCUGAGGGCAUGUGGGCUCGCGUAAAAGGUGGUAUUUACAAGGGGGACUUAGCACAGGUUGUGGCAGUGAAUAAUACAAGCAAAAAAGUUACCGUGAAGCUUAUUCCAAGAAUUGACCUACAAGUUUUGGCUGCCAAAUUUGGUGGAGGAUGUCGCCAAAAAACUGCGGUACCAGCACCGAGAUUAAUCAGCUCCAGUGAACUCGAGGAGUUCCGACCUCUGAUCCAAAUUAAACACGACCGGGAAUCUGGCAAGGUUUUUCAGGUUCUUGACGGCUUGCUGCUCAAGGAUGGAUAUUUAUACAAGAAAGUAUCUCCAGAGUCAUUAAGUUUUUGGGGUGUUGUUCCCACUGAAGAGGAGAUAUCGAAGUUUGGGUCUUCCGAAAACAAUGAAUCAAAUGAUAUGGAGUGGCUUUCUAAUAUUUAUGGUGACACAAAGAAAAAACGGGUUAUAACAGCUGACAAGGGCGAUGGAAAAGGAGAGGGCUCAUCAGGUUUGGGUGCAGGAAGUGAUUUUGAAUUAUUUACUCUUGUGCGCUUUCGAAAACAGGACUUUGGUGUGAUAAUAAGCACAGAUAAAGAUGGUACUUACAAGAUUCUAAAAGAAAGUUCAGAAGGGCCUGUCGCUGUGACUGUUCAAAAAAACGACAUAAAAAGUGCACUGGGCGAUCUGAAACUUAGUGCCCAGGAUCUGAACAAUAAGACUGUAGUCGUUAACGAUAAUGUUAAGGUUCUGGAGGGUCCAUCCCAGGGUAAACAAGGCAUUGUUAGAUAUAUCUAUAAAGGGAUUGUCUUUCUAUAUGAUGGAAAUGAGGAAGAAAAUAGUGGUUACGUCGCAGCUAAAGCUACUAUGUGUGAGAAAGUCAAGCUUGCCGUUGGUGAUUUCAGCGGAACUGGAAAGGAUAGUGAACCAGGUCCUUUAGUCUUUGAUGACCAACCAUCAUCACCAAGGUCACCUCUGUCACCAAAAAAGCCAUGGCAAUCAAGAGAAAGUGAUCGUGAAUUUAACCGUGGGGACAGUGAUAGCUUAUUUGCUAUUGGCCAGACCUUGAGAAUUAGGAUAGGUCCUUUGAAGGGAUACCUCUGCCGUGUCACUGGCAUACGUCGCUCUGAUGUUACUGUGAAACUAGAUUCUCAGCAAAAGUUUCUUACAGUUAAAUCUGAGCAUCUUUCUGUGGUUCAAGGGAAGAAUACUGCUGUGUCAGCAAGCGGUGAUCCAGAUUCGAAUUCAUCGAACCCAUUUGAUUUGCUGGGUGCUGAAGGCGGCGCUGGAGGUUGGUUGAAUAAUAUUGCGGGAACAUCCACUGGAGGCGGUGGAUGGAAUACUGCUGGAGAAACGUCAGCUGAAAGGGGUGGAUGGGGUAACUCUUCAGCUCCAAGUUCUGUGCCGGAUAAUGCACAAGAUAAUGCCUGGGGCACCAAAAGUACUUCAACUCCAAAGCCCUCAUGGGGUGCUGCAGCGAACACGGGAACCACAUCUGAGCCAGAACAGUCUGGUGGCUGGGGAAAUGGUGGAGGCAGCUCGGGUCAGGCAGACGACGGCGAGAAUACUGCCUGGGGCACCAAAAGUACUUCAACUCCAAAGCCCUCAUGGGGUGCUGCAGCGAACACGGGAACUACAUCUGAGCCAGAACAGUCUGGUGGCUGGGGAAAAGGUGGAGCCAGCUCGGGUCAAGCAGAGAAUGACAAUCAGAAUACUGCCUGGGGCGCUAGAAGUACUUCAACUCCGAAGCCCUCGCGGGGUACUGCAGCGAACACGGGAACUACAUCUGAGCCAGAACAGUCUGGUGGCUGGGGAAAAGGUGGAGCCAGCUCGGGUCAAGCAGAGAAUGACAAUCAGAAUACUGCCUGGGGCGCUAGAAGUACUUCAACUCCGAAGCCCUCGUGGGGUACUGCAGCGAACACUGGAACCACAUCUGAGCCAGAACAGUCUGGUGGCUGGGGAAAAGGUGGAGCCAGCUCGGGUCAAUCAGAGAAUGACGAUCAGAAUACUGCUUGGGGUGCUAAAAGUACUUCAAAUCCGAAGCCCUCGUGGGGUACUGCAGCGAACACUGGAACCACAUCUGAGCCAGAACAGUCUGGUGGCUGGGGAAAUGGUGGAGGCAGCUCGGGUCAGGCAGUGGUUAACGACGGCCAGAAUACUGCCUGGGGCACUAAAAGUACUUCAACUCCAAAGCCCUCCUGGGGUGCUGCAGCGAACACAGGAACCAUAUCUGAGCCAGAACAGUCUGGUGGCUGGGGUAAAGGUGGAGGCAGCUCGGGACAAGCAGAGCUUAAUGACAAUCAGAGUACUGCCUGGGGCACUAAAAGUACUUCAACUCCGAAGCCCUCAUGGGGUGCUGCAGCGAACACUGGAACCGCAUCUGAGCCAGAUCAGUCUGGUGGAUGGGGAAAAGGUGGAGGUGGCUCGGGUCAGGCAGAGGUUAAUGACAACCAGAAUACUGCCUGGGGCAAUAAAAGUACAUCAACUCCAAAGCCCUCAUGGGGUGCUGCAGUGAACACUGGAACCACUUCUGAGCCAGAUCAGUCUGGUGGAUGGGGAAAAGGUGGAGGUACUUCAAACUGGAGUGCUGGUAAUUCUGAUCCCCCAACUCAAGAUGAUGGAAGUGGUGGGAGGGGAGGUUACCGUGGUAGAGGUGGCUCGGACAGAGGUGGCUUUAGAGGUAGAGGUUUUAGGGGUAGAGGAGAAUCUGGGGGCUUUGGUGGAAGAGGUAGAUCAGAUGGGGAAGGUUUUGGUGGUAGAUGGGGAUCAGACAGAGGAUCUGGAGGAGGUAGAGGCCGUGGAAGGAAUGACCGACCUGGUGGUUGGAACAACAGUCGUGAUUCUGGUGAGGAUGGAUCCUCUGACUGGAAGAAGGGGGCAGAUAAUGUUGAAGGAUGGAAGAAUAAUAAUGGGUCUGGGGCUUGGACUUCAUCAAGUGGUGGAGCUAGUGGUAGUUGGAACAGUGGUGGGUCAGGACCGGUGACGGAGGCUAAAGACAGUGCUGGCUGGGCCAAGGGAACCGACUCUGGUGCUGGCUGGGCAAAGGGCACUGAUUCUGCUCCAGAUAAGGGUCAAUCAUCUAGUUGGGGUGGAUCAGCAGCAGAUGGUUCUGGAGGUUUGUGGGGCAAGAAAAAUGAUGGGGAUAGCAAAGGUGGAUGGUAAUUACUUUCUAGAACGUGCUGAAUGAACUUAAGUAAAACGAGCUCAAUCAUUUCUACUUUCUGAUUUCAAGCAUUUUUGUAAAUCCGCACUAAUCUUUCUGCCAGAAUUUGAUGUUAACUUAUAAUUAUUGUAAACAGAUCUGAUGAUUGACUAGCCCUUUUUGUUGUGUUAUGCAAUGAAUGUGCCAUAAAAUUCGGUGCACAGUUGUGUGCUA